AUGACUGCUAUCUUCGUGAUGUCCAUACUUUUUGGCUUCAUAUGUGGGCAAACGAUGUCUUUUUGUGUUCCAACUGAGUACACAAUGCACGUCGAAAGGUGGGAGUGUGCUUAUUGCCUAGCUAUCAACACCACAAUCUGUGCUGGAUAUUGUAUGACACGGGAUAUUAAUGGCAAGCUGUUUCUCCCCAAGUAUGCUCUGUCCCAGAACGUUUGUGCAUAUAGAGACUUCGUCUACAGGACUGUAGAAAUACCGGGAUGCCCACGCCAUGUUGCUCCCUAUUACUCCUACCCUGUUGCUGUAAGCUGUAGGUGUGGCAAGUGUAACACUGACUACAGUGACUGUAUACAGGAGGCCAUCAAGACAGACUACUGUACCAAACCUCAGAAAUCUUAUGCAGUGGGGUUUUCUGUCUAACUUCAAUAGAAAUGUAACUUGCAAUUUGGUUAAUGUGUCUAUCUGGAAUAAAACUAAUA